UUAAGUUUCGAAAACGCGGCUGUGUGGAGAGCAGGUCACUUGCGGCCGACUUCGGUCCAACCUGGCUGUGGCGCAACUGGAAGGGAAGAGAAGAGAGCCAGCAAUGGGGCCAGCUGGUGCUGCUGGUACUAGUUCUCGCGUCCGUCCGGUCGAAUGCAUGCACUACACAACGGCCACCAGGGAAGGGAUGUGCGAGGUUGCGAAGGUAUCCGUCGUUUCCUCCGCGCACGUACCGUGCAUUUCGAAUAGAGUCCGUCUUUCACGCAGCGACCGCAGUGUGGCAUCGGUCGAGCCGGGCGAUUAAUCAGCGAUUGGAUUGCGUCGCUCGGCGAUUGCUUGCCGUAGAAUGCCGCCGCACGCAGCGAGUCACAGGGCGACAACGAGAAUUCGGAGCCCAGCUCGUUAGACUUCCGCAUUAGCCAACAUCCACAGUACAAGUACUAGCCUACUAGGACUGAGUCCGCGCGAUAGGACCUUUUAUCUCUUCAAGAGAUCGCUUGUCUCUUGACUUGACGUCCGCCCUCGAAAAGAUCGCCGCCCCGCAGACUGCGCAUACCCCGACGCGCUCCGAAGCACCAGGGGGCACUCCGAGAACCGCAAGGCCGGCGGUCGCGAGGACCGGUCGAGACGCAAGACCGCAAGUCCACCGCUAGUCCACCGCUAGUCAGUCCACCGCUAGUCCACCACUAGUCCACCGCUAGUCAGUCCACCGCUAGUCCACCGCUAGUCCACCGCUAGUCCACCGCUAGUCCACCACUAGUACCGCCGCCGGGCAACCAACUCGCGGGCGAUGAGGCGGGCAGUGCGGCGGUGGGACGUGGUGAGGGCGGCAGUGGUGGCGCUGGUUGUGGCGCGCUGCUGCAUGCCUCUCGCACGGGCUGCCCCCGUGCUGCACCCUGACAUGGGAGUGUUGGAGAGUUUGGCAUCUGAAUGGAGUGAGGUCAACGGAACGAGCACAUGGAGCAGAGGCAGAGAUUGUGAGAGCAUGGCUCUUGUGCGCUGUGAUGGCGACGGGCAUGUCAUUGCACUCGACGUAGUCUAUGACGACAGUGCAAUCUCCUUGCCAGAGAGCAUCACGGGCUUCUCGCAUCUCACAAGGCUGUCCAUCACGGACAGCACCCUCAUGGACUCCCUGCCCUCUGCUCUCUUCGCCAUGCCGAAUCUCAAGCACCUUAAUCUCAGUCAUUGCGUACUCUCAGGCAACAUCCCUGAUGCAGUAGGCCUUGCAACAGGCCUCCAGACCCUUGAUCUCUAUUACAAUCAACUCCAAGCCCUCCCCGCUUCCCUGGGAAACCUCACGACUCUCACACACCUUGGUUUGGGUCGCAACAUCUUUUUGGGCACCCUCCCCGCCUCUUUGAGCAGACUCUCCUCUCUCAUGCACCUCUCAGCAAGCCACAAUCGUCUCAACGGUUCCAUUCCCCAAGUGCUGAGCAACCUGCACCGCCUCACAUACCUUGAUUUGAACCACAACAAAUUUUCUGGUUCCCUCCCUGCUUUCUUGGGCGGCCUCUCCUCUCUCGUGCACCUCUCAGCAAACCGCAACGGCCUCAACGGUUCCAUUCCCCGAGAGCUGGGCAAUCUGCACCGCCUCACAUACCUCACCUUGGACGACAACAAAUUCUCUGGCUCCCUCCCCGCUUCCCUAGGCAACCUCUCGUCUCUCGUCCACCUCUCAGCAAGCAUCAACGAUCUCAACGGGUCCAUUCCCCAACAGCUGGGCAAUCUGCACCUCCUCACAUACCUGAUCCUCGCCUACCAAACGCUCUCAGGGCCAAUCCCCGAGUCAAUGGGAGCCCUUACCAACCUGGAAUAUCUGAACCUGAAGUUCAACAGGCUGACUGGCACCAUCCCUGCCUCCAUAGCCAACCUCACCCGCCUCACUGAAGUACAUCUCUCCUACAACUUCCUUGCAGGGUCAAUUCCUGUUGCACUCACCACACUCACUAAUCUCCAAGAACUCUCCCUUGACCACAACCAGCUGGCGGGAUCCCUUCCAUCCUUCCACCACUUGAGCCGCCUCAGCAGGCUUCACGCCAGAUACAACUACCUCACAGGCAGAGCAGCGCCGUUUCCUGAAUGCCUCUCCCCAAAUCGCACCUCCGCCUGCCCCAAUGACUGCCUCUACCCCCCUACUGUGUCCUACAUCCACGGAAACUGCCUUGCCGCGUCUACUUUCUCGUGUGACGGGUGGCAGAGGAGUAGCCACGACUGCCGGUUGUUCUGUGGGGCCCGGCCGCUCACCCCGCCCUGCAGCGGCCAUGGCGUGUGCUCCGUUGAGCCAGGCCACCAUGACGACACGCCUGCAUGGGGGGCACAGUGCACGUGUGAUGAGGGCUACACGCAAGGGACUGCUGCUGGCACUUGUGUCCCACGAGGUCCUGCAUUUCUGUUGGCGCUGCUGCUUGUGCUGCUGCUUCCACUGGCGAUGCUGCUGUUGCUGGCCUUCGCACUGCCGCGGUUUCUGAGGUGCGUUAAGAACCGACCCCGGCCUCGCUUUUUCUUCUCAAAGAGAGCAUUGGCUGCACGGCAAGCUUCUUUGAGCUUAGAGGUUGCUUGAUAGGCAGACGGCAAGCAAGCAGACAACGAGAGGCGUUCAUGGCCAUCCGAUUCAGUCAGACCCCCUCCUGGUUACCGUUUGCAUUGCGUUCCCCGCCCUUUCGAGAGGCGCUUCGCUGGUCUAGAGCGAGGCACUAUGAUGGCGCUGAACAGUGGAUGGCUUAGAUGUCCGUGAGUGGAAUGGGGAAUACUUUUUCCAGCUAUUAUGGAUGUUAAUCUGCUUGUACUUACACGGCUUCCAAGAUCCAC